AUGAAGCUAACUAUAGGGACUUUGUUGGCUUUUUUCCUGAUUCAGAUUUGUACCUCCUCUACAAUACCAAAGCUUGGUUCACGCAUCACCAACGCCAAAAAUGCUGCACCAGGACAGUUUCCAUACCAAGUAUCCGUCGAGCUUAAAUUUCCACUGUUAAAGUCCAAACAUGUCUGCGGUGGUUCCAUCAUCAACGAAAACUACGUCCUCACAGCUGGCCAUUGCGCCAAGGGUUUCACGUUCUUAUUAGGAAAGAUGAGGGUCAAGGUUGGCCAACAUGACUUAAAACAAAGCAACGAAUAUUCACAGAUCGUCGAGGUUGCCAAGCGAAUCCCACAUGAAUCGUUUCCCGGAGGCUUAACCCCUAAGCAACAUGACAUCGCGCUAUUAAAAUUAAGAAAACCUUUGGUAUUCAACGAGAACGUCCAACCAGUCCAGCUUCCCGAACAGGAUUCGGAUUAUUCUGGCAUGGCUUUCCUCAGCGGUUGGGGCUCCACGGCUUUUGGAUUCAGACCUAAGCUUCCUCAGAUUCUUCAGUUCGCUUCUGUACCCAUAAUCGAGCAAAAGGAGUGCAAGAAUUUCUACAACGGCCAGAGGGGUAGUCCUGGUAUUGACGAAACUAUGGUUUGCAGUGGUCCUAUCAAUGGUUCCAUCUCCGCUUGUGUUGGUGACUCUGGUGGUCCAUUAGUUCAAUACGUAGAAGAUAAGCCAGUUCAAAUUGGUGUAGUUUCCUGGGGAUCAUUUCCAUGUGGCGCUGGAGCUCCAUCUGUCUACACACGUGUCUCCUCGUACGUCGACUGGAUCAGGAAAAUUUCCAGUUAA